CGUUUAGUACAUCACAACACACUGUUGCGUGCACACGUGUUCUAACUCGGCUUUAUCUUUGAUAUACUCGUCAGGUGGACUACUUGUUUAGAGAUAAAAUUUUAAAUAAUAUAUAAUAGUAGUGAGGCGAAAACAUCGUUACCUAAGUGAUAGCUUUGUGUUGUGAAUAUUAUCAUCAUUUUUAGUUCUUUUUUCAAAUAAAUACCGCCAAAAUGUAAGUGGCCAGUGUUUUUUAACGAACAUAAAAAAUAACGAUGACAUAUGACCAUAGAUAAAAAAGUGUGGGUUUAUUUUUAUAUAGUGUAAAUUGUAAAAUAUUACAGACUGUAAAAUGCAUUGGAGUUUUCAUGUAUUAGCCGCCUGUGUGUUUUUAUUAGUAAGGCUCCCGAGCAGCCAUGCGGCAGAGGGCAUGUCGGUGGUGCUGCAUCAGACCAACAUAACACGACUCACCGCGCGGGCGAUACACGCAGCGGGCUACCAUCUACAUAAAGUCGAACAUUUGUCAAUAAUGGGCGCUCCCAAAUUGGAGCACAUUGCCGUUGAGGACUUGUCAAAGAUGCCGAACCUUAAAUCAUUUUUUAUAACACAGGCGCCGCUAUUGCACCGAGUGGCGACGCUGCCGGCUCUGCCAGAGCUUCGCACUUUUAUAAUAACGACAUCAGGUCUGGUGGAGGUGCCGAAUCUCAGCCACGUCCACGACAGCAAGAAGGCUAACACUUCUCUAUCGUACCUACAGGCUAUAGAUCUGGAAGGCAACCACAUAAAGCGCAUCCCGUCCCACGCGCUGCGCGUGCGCGCCGAUCAAGUAUCUCUGAACUACAAUUUAAUAGAGGAAGUGCCUGCGCAUGCGUUCAAAAAUGCACAGAUAUCCAAAUUGAGUUUCAAAGGCAACAACAAUUUAAGACGACUCGAUGAGCACGCGUUUGCGGGUAAUUUACUUCUCAGGCAAUUAGACCUGAGCAACACGGCCAUUACGUCACUCCCCACCAAAGGUUUGGAGAAACUGGAGGUGCUCAGGAUAGAGAAGACUCCCUCCUUGAAGUACAUACCCUCGAUAUAUGAGUUUCAGCAAUUAGAGAAAGCGUUCCUGACCCACCACUUCCACUGCUGCGCGUUCGCAUUCCCCGAGAGACACAACCCCGCGCGGCACAAACUUUACGAAGCACAGCUAGCUAUGAUGAAAGAGAGAUGUUUAAAGAACAACGAAGCUAAACACAGAAGACGCAGAUCGCUGGAGCCGAUCAGAGCUAUCAGAUACACUGGACAGACUGUCACGCCUUUAGAAAACGACGCGUCUACCGCCACCACCAGUGAAGAGUACGAGAACUUCGAAGACUACUUCGGGGACUCUGGCAGUUAUGAGGACGAAGACGACGGACAAUUCCACGACCUAGUCAAUGAUACUGGACGCGUCUCCGUACAGUCAGAGUGCGGGAAUUUUAGUAUUAGCCGUCGCACGAUAGAAUGCACGCCACUCCCGGACGCUCUUAAUCCGUGCGAGGACGUGAUGGGGUGGUCGUGGUUGCGCGCGAGCGUGUGGUUCGUCAUCAGCGCUGCCAUUAUCGGCAACGUGGCCGUGCUGCUGGUGCUGCUCACCAACCACACCGAGAUGACCGUACCCAGGUUCCUCAUGUGCCACCUUGCCUUCUCCGACCUCUGCACCGGCCUCUACCUCUUCAUGCUAGCCGUCGUCGACUUAAGAUCCUACGGAGAAUUCUUCAACUACGCUUACAAUUGGCAGUACGGCGUCGGCUGCAAGAUUGCCGGCUUUUUCUCCGUCUUCUCUGGCCAGCUGUCCGUCAUCACCCUCACGAUAGUCACGUUGGAGAGAUGGUUCGCGAUAACGUACGCUAUUUAUCUGGAACGACGAAUCUCUUUAUCCGCUGCAGCGAAGAUUAUGAUUGGCGGAUGGGUGUUCUCCAUCUUCAUGGCUGGAUUACCAUUGGUAGGCGUAUCGGACUACACGUCGACGUCAAUAUGCUUGCCUGUUGAGAGUAAGGACAUUGGAGACGCUAUAUACCAGGGGUCCUUGUUUCUGACAAAUGCUAUCGCGUGGGUCACGAUCGUGGUAUGCUACGUUCAGAUAUACAGGUCCUUGGGGGGUGGUGGGGAGAACUACGGAGGAAGACGCGCCGCAGCUGCAGCUGAACGACGUAUAGCUAACAAAAUGGCUUUACUCAUAGGCACCGAUUUGCUAUGCUGGGCGCCAGUAGCCUUCUUCGGAGUGACGGCAUUAGCUGGAGCACCACUAGUCGACGUCAGUCAUGGAAAGGUUCUGCUAGUCUUCUUCUACCCUCUCAACGCAUGCGCAAAUCCAUUCCUAUAUGCAAUAUUAACAAAACAGUACCGUAGAGACCUUUUGAACCUCAUAGCAAGAAGUGGCAAAUGCAAUUGGCUGGUGGAGAAGUAUAAAUUGGCAGCUACGCCACCGCCGACUGCGAAUACGAAUCCGUCGACGCCGGCGCAGUUGCUGCCGCUGGUGGACUACCAGAGGAGUCAGUCGCAAGUCAGCAAGGAGAAUAGCGAGAUCAAGACAUAGUAUUAAUUUAGUUAUAAGUUAUAUUAUACGAUUAUUUAUCAAUUCUGAAGUUUCAAUAUGAUCCUAAUAAUAAAAUGUAGAAUAUUGAAC